UUUUCUCUGGUACUCAUAGGUGUUUGCUUGCUACUUCCCGUUUGUGUUGGCACUACUUUAAUUAAUUUAAGUAAGGGGUUUCACAGUUCUUGCUAAGAAUAGCUUGUUACUGUAAAAGAGAUAACCUAAGAAGCCUCGAACUCCAAAACUGAAGAAUCAUCUUACGUCUCAAGGACGGUCUGUUUUAUAGCUAGAAGAUUUAUUGUUAGUUAAACUCCCGUUUUCGAGACGUUUGUUACACUCCUAACGUGCUAGAGACAACCACCGUCUAAGUCAACAAAAAGCAACACUCGGAAAGGUUUUUCGUUUGGGCGUUUUCCUUUCUGCUUUAAACUGUCGCCGAGUAUGGGCCGCAAGAAAAUUCAAAUAUCUCGGAUCACCGAUGAACGAAACCGACAGGUGACCUUCACAAAAAGGAAGUUUGGGUUAAUGAAGAAAGCUUAUGAGCUGAGUGUGCUAUGUGAUUGUGAGAUAGCACUGAUUAUCUUUAAUGGUACAAACAAGCUGUUUCAGUAUGCUAGUACUGAUAUGGAUAAGGUGUUACUCAAGUAUACUGAAUAUAAUGAACCUCAUGAAAGUAGAACCAACAGUGAUAUCAUUGAUGCUCUAAGCAAAAAGGAACAUAAAAGUGGCAGUAUCGAAUGUGAAAGCCCUGAGCCAGAUUCAGACCAGUACUCCCUCACCCCACGAUCAGAAGAUAAAUUCAGUAAGAUUAAUGAAGAAUUUGAGCGAAUGAUACAGAAGAAUAGUGGUCAGCUGAAUGAAAACAGGCCAACCCAGUCGUCAACACUUAACCAACAUCUGGCCUCUGUGCCUGCUACAAUGUCUGUCAGUACCUCUCCAUAUCCAGCUCAAGAGAAUACUCUGAUGCAGCCAUCACCACACUCCCGCAUCAGUCCAUGUCCAAGUUCUUCAGGAGCUUUGCUAGAUGUAAAUGGAGGUACAGCAAAUGGAUAUCACCGAUCAGUGUCUCCUCAUGUUGUUUCAGGCAGCAGUUCUCCAGGAUUAGCCACAAACAAACAAGGAAACUUUAAUAAACAGGUUUCACCACCUGGAGCUGGUAGCAUUCAGCGACCAAAUCUUAGAGUAGUCAUCCCGAACCCUCACACAUCUCCCGUGUCUUUGCAAUCAACCCGUACUUUGAGCAAUCCUGUUGUUUCCAUGACAACCCCUGGUAUUCUAGGAAUGGCCAAUUAUCCGUCCAAUCUGACAUCCACUUUUCAACAAAAUGACUUCCAGCUAAACCCAGAACUUGGGCUGACAGGUUUUAGCCCUACUAGCUUGCUUUCUAGUUGGUCAUCUACGCAGGGAUCUUUAGCAGCAGCCAUGAGCCACAAUAGCUCCAACACAACUUCAGGGGCCAAUAUGCUACCUCAUCUGUCUGUGAGUAAUAGUACCCCAUCCCCCUCCACUUCUCCUCUUCCAGUGAAGGUGAAGAAUGAGCCAAUCUCUCCCUCCCGAGAUGUUUCUCUACAUAGACCAUCUUCAGUGCCAGGUCACUUAUCAUUUGGUCAUCAGCUGUCACAGUCCACACGUUCCUCGCCAGAUCCUAUCGGGGAUUAUAACAGCCCGUUAAACAAAAGGCCACGGGUAUCUGUCGAAAGUUGGGGCACAUCGUGAUGCCCUUUGUGAUAGAUUACCAGUGUUAUAUAUCUUGUGUGUCAUAUACAUCAAUAAUCCCAAAAGGAAUACUUUUCUUAGUCAGAUGUGUGUAUACAUAAAUGCUGGGUAACAAACAAUUUUUUCCAGUAUUUAUAUUUUUUAACCGAUAGUUGAUAUGACUUCCCUCUGCCCUUGAUUAGGGCCACUACCGUUUGAUUUAGUUGUGGAAUGUUACAAGGAUCAUUGGUGAAGAGAGAUUUCUACCUCUAAGAAGAAAAAGUAUUCAUAAUAAAAAUAAAAGAACCCAAUGAGGAAGGUGAAUCAUAGAAGAGGUAUUGAAAGUAAGAAAACAUUGUAUAGAUGGAACUACUGGUAAUGGCUAAAAAAGCAAGAAAUCUGAAUUUGUGUUUAUUGUCAGCUGUUCAACUCUCAAAUGACAAUGAAGGACUUCAAGAACCAGCUAGUGUUUGUAUGUACUAGCUCAUUCUUGUCUUUCUAGACUAGUAUUUCACAUUAGUAUAACAGAUUAUGUAUUGUUGGAGUCAGAUCUGUAUAGUGGAUAUGUAGUUUUAUACCAAAGGUUGUUGAUGUGGUAUUAUUGGUAAAUUAUAGAUAACUGCUUAUUGUAAAGAGAUUUUUUUUCUGUAUGGUAUAUAUAAGUAUAUGUGAUUGUUUAGUUGAAGUGGUAUUUCAAAUAUAGCACUGAUGAUGAAAUCACCAAAUUAUUAAUGAGUAGUUUGCCCUAUUUUCUAUUUACAGUGUUGGGCAAAGAUUUGCAUUAUUCUUACUACCUGCAGAAGCAAUCAGAAAUGCCUUAAUAGUCUUUGAAUUAUCAAUGUUGAUUUCUUUAAAGUCUAAGAGAUCACUUGGGAUGUUACGUAACCACUCUUGAAAUUAUACUGUGAGUUUGUAGCAUCAAAAUUGUUUUGAAAAGUUGGCUGUAACUAGUUGUUUCACGUGGUGUUCCCUUAAUGAAUGAUGCAGCCAGUUCAUUAAAUUUUAAUAUAAUUUCUCAAGCUACUGGACAUUGACUGAUGUGUUGUUAUGAGUUAUAUCUUUAAACAUUGUAUAUGUUUUGCUAAUUUUUAAGAAAGUUCAGAUCACACUGAAGCUGAAUCAGAUUGUUUGUGUCACAUUUUGCAUGCAUUGUGUAUUAAUGAAAAUUGUAAUUCAAGUUAUUUCUAUGCUAUGUUUAUUAGUUUUGUAGCCUCUCAAACAGUGGAUAAUGUUUUUCUUUAUGGCCAUGAAACUUACAUAGUAUUACUUGUCUGCAACAACAUGGUUCUAAGAAGUAAACAGAUAUUAGUAAACAUGGAAUGUAGCAAAUCGUUUCAACCACAUUCUUGCUAGGGAAGGAACAGGCAGAGUCUUAACAAUGUAUAUUUUUUAAAACUAUAUUAUUUAAGUGCCAUGGCUCCUUAAUGAAAUACUGUGAAUGGUAUAUAUAUAUAGAGUACUUAAUUUUUUUUUUACCAGAGAAGAUCAAAUUAUUAGUUUAAUGUUUCUGUGCUUAUGUAUGAUUUGAUGUAAAACAUUCAAAUGUAGUGAAUACAUGAAACCCUUAAUCAGAUAAUUGUUAUAUCUACAGAAAAAAAAAUCCAACAAGUGAUAGUGGGGGGUUAACAAAGCUCCUGUUAGUUGAACUAACAAUGUUGUAUCUAGGGGUAAUGCUAGUACUAUGUUAAAAACAAUAACAUAUACAUAUAGGUACUAGCUUUCCUUCCUGCCAUUCACUGUGAAGAAGAAAAUAAACAUAGUGCCAAGAUAUUAAGUUUUAGUGUCAUUUUUUUUGUCAGAUUGCUAGACAUUGAAUAUGGCUUUAUGCAGACAGGUCUGAAUGAUUGCUGCCAUUGUAUAUGAAAAGCUUUUCGUGUACCUCAUCUGUCCAAAUUGUAUAUUUACCUAUGAUUCUGUAAAUUAUACAGAUUUGAAUACAGUAUUAUAUCUACAAUAAUGAAGUUUUUCAAACUAUUAUGUAAGGUAAAGUUUAAAUACCUUUAGAGAGUACAAUAUUUGAAAUUGUUUAUGAAGUUUUCAAUAUUUGUCAUUUAUCAAACCUUCUUAGAACAUAAAAUUAGUAAUAUAUUAUCUCUCUUUUUCACUGCCAUAUUUAUAAAUAUACAACUUUCCCAGUGCCAGGUUUAUAUUUAGAUACACAGUAAAAAAACUUGUUUUAAUAUUUCAUUACUUAGCUGAAAUUGGUAAUUUUUGGAAAAUAUGAAGGGCGAAUACCCUUUCUUCGUGCUAUUACAAAAUUCUAAACACCAUGGCAGUGACAGAGUUGAAAUCUAUAUUUUUAUUUAUUUUGAAAAUAAACCUCUGCUUUGAUGAUUAAAUUGUUAUCAUACUAAAGCUGGUAGUGUUAUUUGCAAGAUUGGCCACCUGAGAAAAAAAGUUUUAGACCUAAGCUAAAGUCCAUUUCAGAAUUUUAUAGGAGGGUAGGGUAUAAAUAUGAUUUUAAUUAUCAGUUACAGUCAGCCAUUUAGGCUUAAUGUUUUACAUUUUAUCUGUACAGUUAUCUUAAGUAACCAAUACUAAAAUCUAAUUACACUUAAAUGGCUGAUAUUAUAAUGAUUGUUGAAUUACUAUUAAUAUUUUAGUUAGCUUAUUCAGAUUUUACUUUCCUUUUUCAUGUGAAUGUGUGAAGAUAAUUGCAAAUGGAAAACUAGAAUACAGUGGCAAAAUAUGUAAAAAAUUACUUUUGUUUAUAAUCAUUUUAUUGACAAGUUGACAUAUGAUUUGGGAGAUUGAAUUGUUCUUCUCAUUCAUCUUAAAAAGUUAGAGUUAGUCAUUUAAUCUGUAAUUUUAUUUUUGUACAGUGUACUCUUUGUAAAUAACUUCUAACAAGAACAGGCUUUUAAGAUAUUUAAUUGUGCACUGUGCCCAUACGUAUUUGUUCAGAGAAUAAAAGUUAAUAUUCCAGUGUUUUUAAGUUCUGUAUUUUGUUUGUUGGUUUAUAUCCAAACUUAAGAAAAAUAGUACAUUUCUGGAACUAAUUACUUUUGAUUUUUAAGUUUGCCACGGAAGACAUUUUAAAAAUGUCUCGAUACAAUUUUUAGAUUUUAGUGAGUGUAACAAAAGUUUUAUCACUUUAAUAGAUCUUGAAAUAACCAGCAACCAUAGUUGAUUUUUAUUGUGAUCUUGGGUUAGACUAAGACUACAGGUAGUUUAUGUAACCUAAGUUAAUCGAUUGGUUAAUGUUCGUUUUUCUACUGAUGGGCAUGGUAACAGAUAUAGAAUAUACAUCUACAUAUAGUGUAGCUCGAAUAUUAUACAUGUACAUAUCUGUAUCUGUUUGAGUUUUUCUUGUACACUCUUGUCUGUUCCUUCCAAUUCCAGAGAUUAAACCAUCACAACUGUUGUUAUUAGCUACAGACUGUAGUACCAGAAGCUUGAUGAACUGUUACUUGUUACAUCUUGGAUAGACUUGUACAAUAAGCACCUUUGUCGAGCAGGUCAUUGUGUGUUAUUUUUAACGCCAUGUAAAAAAAAUAAUAAAAAAAUGGUUGUAAUUGAA